AUGCCUCCAACAACCCUCUAUAACGGGUUCUGUGGCAGUCGAGUGCAAACGGAGGGGCUUCCGCCGGGCACGUGGCCCUGGCUCGUCAGCAUCCAGCUGCCCGAAGUCGAUGGAGAUGGAUACCGGCACUGGUGUGGAGGGACCCUCAUCAACUCGCGCUGGGUCCUGAGCGCCGCGCACUGCUUUGGGCUGAAAAGGUACAUAAAAGUGAAGUUUUGGAGAGUGGUGGUUGGCAUCACGCAGCUCUUAGAGGAGGACCCCGAGGCUCAGAUCGUGUACAUCGAGAGGCUGGUGGAGCACGAAAACUACAACCGCAUCGGCUACCUGAACGACAUUGCCUUGAUUGAGCUCAACCGGUCGGUGGUCUGCAAUGACCGCAUCCAGCUGGCUUGCUUGCCAGACAGCAGCCUGUCCAUCUCUCAGCUAAGCCAUUGCUACUUCACUGGCUGGGGCAGCACGCAUGCAAACAAGAACAUCAUGAAGCUUGAAAUCAUGCAGGAGGUCAAAGUCAGCCUGUUGGACACUGCGGCUUGCAACAGCAGCCGCUGGUAUUUCAAGCGUAUAAGAGACAACAACUUGUGCGCCCUGCCCGAGACGGGAAGCAAGGAGGCCUGCCAGGGGGCUGGUGGCGGCCCCCUCAUGUGCUGGGAGGGGCGGUCUGAACGCUUCUGGGUCGUCGGCAUCAACAGCUGGUGGAGCGGCUGCACUGAGAUAAGGAUGCCCAGCGUCUUCAUCUCCACUCAGCGCUUCGCCUCCUGGAUCCUGAGGGUCACUCGGGAGGCCGAUACCCGUGCCCAGGCCCACGGGCUGGUUCAGGCCCGCGUCCAGGCCGAGUUUCAGCUGGGGUCGGCCGAACUACAUGCCCUCGGCGCAGCCGCAGCUGCCAACUCGGCGACCGGGAACUUCCGUUAG